CUGCCAAGUGUCCUGGAAGUUUGCGCAGCUAGCGACUCUGGAAAUAUCAAAGCUAAUUAUACUUUAAUUAAAUGCUGUAUUAGAAAAGAGAAGACAAAGACCCAAUUUUGAGGCUUCUCGUGACGGAUGGAUCACAAUUUACUCAUUUACUAUUUGAACUUAGAUAUCACUGCUGGUUGAGCUCUUCCCCCUUGCAUUCCAACCAUCAAAGAUUUCUUUUUUUUAAACUUUUAUCACACUUCUUAGUUGCUCAUUUCUCAGUUCCCCACAGAUUUGAGUGAUCCAAGCACUAAAAUCAACUUCUUUUUAAAAGCAAUGGAAUCCAUCUGCAUAUCGCUAAAGGCUACUGCAACCGCCAGUCCGGUUAAUAUCAGCCAAGGUCGUAGUAAUGGAGGCACUGUUUUCUGGGGUGAGACUAUCAGAGGAGGUCGGGAUUUUGGAACACAGUUAUGGAAGAGUUUGAGAGCUGAAAAUGGUGUCAAAAAAGCUAAACCGGGCGUUGCUUACUCUGUUAUCACCCCAGAAAUUAACAAGGAGACUAUGAAAUUUGAGACACCAAAGUUUGAGGCUCCACAAGCAGACCCAAAGAAUGUGGCUUCCAUCAUACUCGGCGGCGGUGCUGGGACGCGCCUCUUCCCUCUUACUAGCCAAAGAGCCAAGCCAGCCGUUCCAAUUGGAGGGUGUUACAGGCUGAUUGAUAUUCCAAUGAGCAACUGUAUCAACAGUGGGAUAAAGAAGAUAUUUAUCUUAACUCAGUUUAACUCCUUCUCCCUCAAUCGUCACUUAGCUCGUACUUACAACUUUGGGAAUGGUGUAAAUUUUGGAGAUGGUUUUGUUGAGGUUCUGGCGGCCACUCAAACACCAGGAGAAGCUGGGAAGAAGUGGUUCCAAGGAACUGCUGAUGCUGUGAGGCAAUUUGUGUGGGUUUUUGAGGAUGCCAAAGCCAAGGAUGUGGAGCAUGUAUUGAUAUUGUCCGGAGAUCAUCUUUACCGAGCAGACUAUAUGGAUUUUGUUCAGAAGCACAUUGACUCAAAUGCUGAUAUCACAGUCUCAUGUUUACCAAUGGAUGACAGCCGUGCAUCGGAUUAUGGAUUGAUGAAGAUAGAUGGAACAGGACGAAUUGUCCAGUUUGCCGAGAAACCAAAGGGCCCUAAUCUUAAAGCAAUGCAAGUUGAUACCUCCAUAUUAGGACUAUCAGCUCAAGAUGCUGCAAGAUAUCCGUACAUUGCAUCAAUGGGUGUGUAUGUGUUUAAAACUAGUGUCUUGUUAAAGCUUCUAACUCGAAGCUAUCCCUCAUGCAAUGAUUUUGGCUCUGAGAUUAUUCCGUCUGCUGUGAAGGAACACAAUGUCCAGGCAUAUUUGUUCAAUGACUAUUGGGAAGACAUUGGAACAAUAAAAUCUUUCUUUGAUGCUAAUUUAGCCCUCACGGAACAGCCACCAAAGUUUGAAUUUUAUGAUCCAAAGACACCUUUCUAUACAUCUCCAAGAUUCUUGCCUCCUACCAAAGUUGAUGAAUGCAAGAUUGUUGACUCCAUAAUUUCACAUGGUUGUUUCUUGCGAGAAUGUAGUGUUCAACACUCUAUAGUCGGUGUGCGCUCACGUUUGGAGUCCAGCGUUGAUCUUCAGGAUACCAUGAUGAUGGGAGCAGACUACUACCAAACCGAGUCCGAAAUAGCAUCUCUGCUAGCAGAAGGGAAGGUUCCUAUCGGUGUCGGACAGAAUACCAAGAUCAAGAAUUGCAUAAUUGACAAGAAUGCCAAGAUAGGAAAAGAUGUAAUCAUAUCAAACACUGAUGCUGUUGAAGAAGCUGAGAGACCAGAAGAUGGGUUUUACAUUAGGUCUGGGAUCACAGUGAUAAUGAAGAAUGCAACCAUCCGAGAUGGAACUGUCAUAUAAAACAUUUUAACUUUGAAUCCUUCCAGAGGCUGAUUCUGUUCUGUGCUGAACGGGUGAUGGAAAGCCGAGCGCCCAUAGUCUGUUGCCCUUUGCAAGUGAAAAAUAUAUCUAGGACUAAUGCUUUGCAUAUGUAAAAUUCUGAAGUUCCUAAGUACUUUUCAAAUAAGUUCAAACACCAUUUGUUUUAUUCAUCUCUUAGUAGCACAAACACAAGCUUACAGCAGAAAAUAAGCUGGUUCAUCAGAUUAGUACACAAUCACAGAAUGUAUCACUCUUUAGUUAAGAACAACUCAUUUUUAGAAGAGUUCAUCUCGUUGUAAACCCUAAAUAAAAAAAAUAAAAAAACUAGGACAUCAUCUUGAAACUUUAUCUUCAA